AUGAGAAGAAAACAAACGUUUGAAUUCACGGGUUGUUUUGAUAUUUCAUCGGAAAUUCCUCAUGGAGUGAUUGCUAUUGAUAAUUUCGAACAGUUUCAUCCCGUAUUGAUUGAAAGCAAUCAUUCUCAACAAACUUCAUCAUCACCACGACUCUCUUCGAUGGUGAUCAAAGAUGGAGACCAUAGAAAGGAGAAACGGCGGGCAUCUCAACAACAACAUAAUGGUUUCUCAUAUUAUCAAUAUUACUUUCUCUCACAUUUUCAUUCCGAUCACUUUAAAGGCUUGCAUGACAAGUUCUUUCAAUAUGCAGCAGCAAGUGAAGAAACUUGUAUUGUAUGUCAUCCCAUAACAAAAAAUUUGUUGCUGUCUCAAUUCACGAAUUUGGAUAAGGAGAGAAUACUCACCAUUGAACUUCAUCAACCUACACUGUUACCAAUCUCACAGAAAUUUACUAACCACGCUACACACGAAAAGGAAAAUAACCCUCAGAAUCAUUUGUCUUCGAAUAAGGUAAACAAUUCUUCAUCUAGAUCACAAGUUAAAAACUUUACUGUUACAUUACUAAGCUCCAAUCACUGUCCUGGAAGCGUCAUGUUUUUAUUUGAAAUCCAAAAAGGAACUCAAAAGGAAUCUAUUUUAUACACAGGAGACUUUCGAAAUGUGUCAAUAGAAACCACCACAUUCUUAAAAACGCAAAAAUUGACCAAAAUAUAUAUUGACGAUACCUUUUGUGAUGAAAGCAAUUUUUCAGAAUUACCUACACGUUCUAACAGCAUUAGAAAUAUAAUUUCUCUGAUUGAGAAAGAAAGACAAAGGCACAAGAUUGUUUACAUGGCACUCGAUUUACUUGGAACUGAAAGAAUUCUGUUUGAAAUAGAGAAGCAUUUUAAGUGUAAAAUAUAUCUGGACUAUGAAAAUCUCAACCCAAAGAGACGUAAAGAAAUAGAUGCGAUGGAUGCACUCAAAGAAAAAGUCUUCACAUCCAAUAAGGAUGAAACAUUUUUGAGAGUAGUCUCCAAAGACACUCUCAAGUCUCUGGCAAAUUUGCUCUUGAAAGAAGCAGACAAACCACUCUUUAUUCAAGUAUCAACAAUGUGGUUGAAGUAUCUGAACAAGGAAACUUGUGGAAUGGCAGGAAAGAGCGAGGAUGCCACUUGCAAGCUUACAAAUGAUGGAAUUUGGAAAGUGCUGUACUCCUUCCACUCUUCAAGAAAUGAAAUGCUUCUCUUUUUGGCAAGCAUUUUAACAUAUAACACAACUCGUAGUAUUCCUUCCAUUAUCUCCUUGAACCCACAAUCUAAACACAUUCGAGGAUUGAUUGAAAGCCUCAAACAGCAAAUGGCCAAGAAGCCGUCGGUAUCAACUGUCGAGAAUGAUAGCUUUGAUUAUUCCUUUUUUGAAACAAGUGCUGAGCUAUUUAAGGAAGAGUUUAUUACGUUCAGUCACAGCUCUCUCACAUCAGAGAAGGAAUCUUUCCCCUCUCAAUCAUACAAUGAAGAUACACAACCCAGAUCACAAAGUAGCAAUCAUUCAGAUCAACUGAAUUCUCCCGUCUCCAAUUCAUAUACAAUUUCCUCACUUGAAACAGAACCCUACAGUGCAAUACCUGACGAAGUUUUUGAUCCAGAACAAUUAUUCUCACUAAUAUCUCAAGGUCAAGAUGAAGAAGAAAGAACACCCAUCACACAAUCUCAAUCUCUAUCCUUUCUCAAUAGCCCAUUCACUCCUGAAACCACUCCUUCAUCCACCAAGAAGCGUGCCCUGAAUGCAAGCACAAUCAAUACUCCUUCGAAUGGCAAAGAUGAAUCAUUUACCAUGCUUGACCUCAGUGAAGAUGACACUACUCCUCAAAAAGAUUGCAAAAAGGUGAAACUGAACAAAUGA